GGAGAUGUCAGUGUCAAGAGGCAGCAGCAGCUUCUGAUGCCAAUCCCGGGGCAGGGCGCAGGCAGCGAGGGGAUUGGAGUCACCGAAGCGUCAAGCGUGAUCGCCCGAGGCCCCUCCUGCCUGCUGGGAAAGCCAUAAAAACCCCCGGCGAGGCGCCCAGCCGCACACUGGAGAGCCGAGCCACCGGCACCAGAGCGACGCCGAGCGGAGCGCAGGGAGAGCCCGUCUAGAGCCCGCCAUGCAGGGGACCAUGCGGUUGUGGCUGUCCGUGCUGCCUUUCGCCCUCUCGCUGCUGAUCUGCCUGGGGACGCUGGCGGAGGCGUAUCCCUCCAAACCGGACAACCCUGGCGAGGACGCGCCCGCCGAGGACAUGGCCAGAUACUACUCGGCACUGAGGCACUACAUCAACCUCAUCACGCGGCAGAGAUAUGGAAAGAGAUCGAGUCCAGAGACACUGAUCUCGGAUCUUUUGUUAAGAGAAAGCACAGAAAAUAUCCCAAGAUCUAGGUUUGAAGACCCUUCUAUGUGGUGAUGGGAAUUUCAACACAUCGUCAAACUUUUCCUAGUUUUCAGUCCAUACUUAUUGCUAUAAGACCAAUCACAGUUUAUCACUCCUCAGUGCAUGCAGCCAUUGUACUGAAUUCUGUAGCAUUUUUCCUUCACCAUACAUGUAUAUAUUUAUUUAAAUAAUUUAUUUGUGCAUUCCAAAAUGUAACAUACUAAAUGAAAGACAACACUAUUAUUGGCAUAGUAAAGAUUUGUUUUAAACUAUUAAAACUGAAUUAUAACCUCCCUGCAGUCCUAAAGUAGCAUGUACCGUGAUCAUUUCACAAAUACUAAAAUAAUACAGGUAGUUAUGAAAGGUGAAAAAAUUACAAUACUUACCUGGGCCUUUAAUUCAAUUUUGCUGGACUGAUUUAAACAAGCUUAUUUAUGUUUUGUAACAUCCAAUAUAUCCAACAUGAUUUAGGAAAAUGAAGUGAUCUGGAAAGUGUUUUUUCAUUAUCAUCAAUUGUUUAUUACUUGAAUUAACCUAUAUAAUAAAAUUAAUAGCAUUUUCAAAAUACAAAGAGAUUUAAUUCUGGUAAAUUAUGAAGACUAUCAAAUUUAAACAAUUGGAAUCCCUUCCUUUUUUUUUGCAAUACACAAAGUGACAGGAAACUAUAAAAUUCCUAGGUAAUAAUGCAAUAUGAAUUUGGAAGUGUUGGAGAGUUAAUAAUUGGUUCCAUGAUAAGCUACCUAGUGAAUGUUUGAUAUUUUCUUUGUGACACAAAGUUUUGAGUGACUGAAUCCAACGCAAAGAGUUUUCCUAAUUUUUGUCCCAGUCACCCUUUCCAUGAGCAGAGAUUACCUACAUCAGGUAAAAUGAUAUUUUCUUUGGUGUUUGUUGUCCAGAUGUUCCAUAAGUAAAAUUCCCCAUUUCCUUUGUGGGAGAGCUACUGAAGCUUAUUGAGUUGAAAAUAACUGUAAUGGUUUAAUUCAAAACUACUUAAUGUUGUUACAACAGCAUUUUCUAUCCUCCUUCUAUAGAGGGUUCUCUCAUUGUCAGAGAAUCAAUGUAGAAUGCUGUCAGUCCUUGGCCCUUGACAUUUUAGCAUACUUCUCUUUAUUUAUACUUCAGAGAUGAAUGUGUAGGUACUGUGUGAAAGAACAUAGCUGAUACUGUAAGUCAGAGAAAAAUCUGCUUGGAAGUUUGAUGUAUAAACAUUUAAUGUCUGUUUUCCAAAUAGUGUUAUGUGGCUAAAACACAUAUAUGUCUAUACUAUUUAAGUGGGUUUUUAAUCUGUUUGUUACUGAUACACACACUGGAUGUGUUGUUACAUUUUACAGCGCUGCAACAUUUGCCAUUUACUAUAUGUUACGCCUACUUCUGUGAAACAUUAAAAACAUAUUCAUUUAAAGAAAACACACAGAUGGUAUUUAAUAGGCAAACUGUUUUCAACACCUACAUUGUCACUUUAUUGAUUUAGACCAUAUAUUUAUGCCAUUCUGGUGCAUUCUUUACAAACAUUGAAUUUAAUGAGAUAUAUAUUGUAUUUACCUCUGAUUUCUGUGUGUGUGUGUGUGCGCGCGCGCGCGCGCCUGAACAAAGAGGCAGUUAAAGGAGGAGUAUAUACACAAGUUACUCACUCUAUGCAGUCCUACCUAAUUUUGUGAAUUUUCUUCAUCUUAUGGAGCAUAAACUUGUGUAUAAAAGCUAGUGAGAUCUCUAACAUGUUACGUUUUAUUUACCUUAUUGUUUUAAUGAGGUAUUGAUUAUAAAGGCAAAGUAAUCAAACAACAUGGUGCUGAACGAUAUUAUAUAUACUAAUAUGGUUCUUGGAUUCUUUUCUCUAAAUCUUGCUGUGUUCUCUCUGUUGCAAAUUAAGCUCUUAUAGUACGGAAUGGAACUUGCCUUUUGAGGAACUGAGUCUUUAUGUACCAUAUCUUCUUAAUACUGAGAAACUGGAACAUUCAAAAUCA